AUGGCUCCAGGAAUCAGCGACCCCAGGAUGGUGUCCGUCAACCCUCGCAUUCGAUAUAACACUAUAGGAGGCAUCAAUGGUCCUUUGGUUAUCCUUGACAAUGUGCGAGCGUUGGUUAAAUUCCCCCGCUAUAACGAGAUCGUAUCUCUGACACUCCCCGAUGGAUCGGAGAAGUCUGGCCAGGUUUUGGAAGCUAGAGGUGACAGGGCUGUGGUCCAGGUUUUUGAAGGCACUCACGGUAUUGAUGUUAAAAAGACCAAGGUCGAGUUCACUGGUCACAGUCUCAAACUUGGUGUCUCGGAAGACAUGCUUGGACGGAUCUUUGAUGGAUCUGGACGUGCAAUUGAUAAAGGCCCUAAGGUGUUUGCGGAGGAAUAUCUGGAUAUUAAUGGCAGUCCAAUAAACCCAUACUCUCGAGUAUAUCCAGAAGAAAUGAUCUCGACUGGUAUCUCAGCCAUCGACACGAUGAAUUCCAUUGCCCGCGGACAGAAAAUUCCUAUUUUCUCUGCUGCUGGUCUUCCACACAAUGAGAUUGCUGCACAGAUCUGCCGUCAAGCCAGUCUGGUGAGCAAGCCCACCAAAGACGUGCACGACGGACAUGAAGACAAUUUCUCCAUUGUGUUCGCCGCGAUGGGCGUGAACAUGGAAACAAGUCGUUUCUUUACCCGUGAUUUCGAGGAAAAUGGCAGUAUGGAACGUGUUACGCUAUUCCUUAACCUUGCAAAUGACCCUACGAUCGAACGAAUCAUCACUCCUCGCCUUGCUCUUACUACUGCAGAAUAUUACGCCUAUCAAUUGGAGAAACAUGUUCUUGUCAUCUUGACUGAUCUUUCUGCGUAUUGUGAUGCUCUUCGAGAGGUUUCAGCCGCCAGAGAAGAGGUACCGGGUAGACGUGGAUAUCCUGGCUACAUGUACACUGAUCUGUCAACCAUUUAUGAACGAGCUGGUCGUGUCGAGGGUCGUAAUGGCUCUAUUACGCAAAUUCCUAUCUUGACUAUGCCUAACGACGAUAUCACCCACCCAAUUCCCGAUCUAACCGGCUAUAUUACCGAAGGCCAAAUUUUCGUGGACCGCCAGCUUCACAACAAGGGUAUCUACCCCCCAAUAAAUGUAUUGCCCUCCCUUUCUCGACUCAUGAAGUCUGCCAUCGGUGAAGGCCGUACCCGCAAGGACCACGGUGAUGUAUCCAACCAACUAUACGCCAAAUAUGCUAUUGGCCGUGAUGCUGCUGCCAUGAAAGCUGUCGUCGGUGAAGAAGCACUCUCGGCCGAGGAUAAGCUCUCUCUCGAAUUCUUAGAUAAAUUCGAACGAACAUUCAUCUCCCAAUCACCUUAUGAGUCCCGCACUAUCUUCGAGUCUCUUGACUUGGCGUGGAACCUCCUCCGCAUUUAUCCCAAGGAUUUACUUAACCGUAUCCCCAGGAAAGUCAUUGAGGAGUAUUAUCAGCGCUCUGGUAAGGGACGGACAAAGGUAAAUAAAGAUGCGAGAGAUAACACAGCCCCGGAGGCGAAUUUAAUUGACGUGUAA